AUCUUCGGUAAAUUCCAACUCUUCAGUAUAGUUAAUAGCUAGGUGCGAGAGAUGUACAUGCAAAGGUCAAAGGAAAUAAGCUGGUCCAGAUUAUUUUUCUUCAAAGUAGGAAGGUAAAAGUGAAGCCAUGGAAAACAUAACAUCGUUAAAAGCCUAACUAGAUUCUAAAGCCCACGAUUGGCUUAGCUUUAUUUAGGGUUUUUGUGUCUUCAAUUGGUGUGUGUUGGUAUACUAUCAUUUCCCUUUGCCGCAUGAUAUCAGAGAAAGAAAAAACAAAACCAUUGUUGCAAUUUGAAACAAUGACGACCAUGAUCUCUAAUCUUCCGACGGUUUUGAUAGAGGAGAUUUUUGUUAGGGUUCCUUUGAAAUCUUUGAGAGCAGUGAGAUUAACUUGCAAAAGUUGGAACACUCUAUCCAAAAGUAGGAGCUUUCUGAAGUUGUACAUUAGUAAAACAGCAACAAGAGAAGAGGAGUCCAUGAUGAUCGCUAUGAUGAAUUUCGAUCUUUAUUUGAUGAGGGUCGUAGUUGACGACGUUGAUCCAUCUAAAGCGUUUAAAAAGAAAAGAAAAAGAAGAAAGAAAAAAGAAUCUAUAGCGUUUAAACGUAAACCUUGUUUCCUUGAUGAACAAGUCAAGAUAUCUCAAGUCUUUCACUGUGAGGGUUUAUUGUUAUGCAUCUUGAAAGAAGACGAUACAAGGGUUGUCUUUUGGAAUCCGCACCUCGGAUAAUAUAUAGAUUAUUUCCGAGGAGCACCCAAAAAAUAAUUUUUUUGGUAUGAAAUUUACGAUUUUAAAUUUGAUUCAUGGACAACUCUUGAUGUUACUCCACACUGGUGUAUAAGCUGUGGUGACUGUGGUGUUUCUCUCAACGGAAACACUUACUGGUGUGCUAAAAAAAGGAACGCAGAAGACGAUAUUGUCGAUAACAUCAUAUGUUUUGAUUUUACAAGAGAGAGAUUUGGGCCGCUUUUGCCUUUGCCGUCUAGCCUUAUAAUGGAUCAUGAGUAUGAAAUUGUAACUUUAUCUUGUGUUAAAGAAGAGAAGCUUGCAGCUUUAUUUCAGCAUUACGAAUCAGAUUGGAAUGAGUUUGAUAUAUGGAUUACGACUAAGAUUGAUGCUGAAAUGGUGUCGUGGAGCAUGUUCUUGAGAAUGGAACGACCUAGGAUAGACGUUCCACAUAUAUGCGACGGUUUCUUCAUUGACGAGGAGAAGAAAAUUGCCAUGGGUUUUGAAGAAGAGUUCUAUCGCAAAACAUUUAUCAUCAUUGGAGAGGAUGGAUAUCAAAGUCAUGUAGACAGAAAAUGUCGGCCAAAUGUGUGUUUUUAUGUUCCAAGUUUGGUCCAAAUCAAGAAACCUGCACGAGGGAAAAGGAAAAGACAAAGCAGCUUUGAAAAGCGUCUAUUUGACCAAAACAUGUUGAGACUUGAAGCAUUUAAAAAGCUAGACUUCUUCUAGAAGCAAUAUGCAGGAGGAGGUAGAAGUGAAAGGGAUGAGUUUUU